UCCAUAUUCGUUUGACAAACGUAUAAGUUAUAAUUUUAUGCGUUUUAUUGUUUAACUCCUUAUUCAAAAAACAUCUAUUUAGUAUCAUUUCCUAAACAAUCGUUUUUAACAACAUCGUAAUGGAUCUAAUUAUGUAUAAUGGCAGAAAAAAUACAAAAACAAAUCAUUGAUUACUUUUCAUUCUUCGAAGAAUUUUUCGUCACUUCCAAAACGUGUUUGAAAGAUUGCCAAGAGUGCGCAGUGACUAUAAAUAAGCUUAUAAAACGCUGCAAAAACAUAAAACAAGCGGAAGUGACAGGUUCUCCUCUAGAAGAAUUUGUGGAUCUACAGAGCAAAUUGGCUUCCAUUUUGCAUAACUUGAUUUCGGAUGAAAUAAAAGUGAUAAAGAGUAAACUUUCCACAAUUGAAGAUUUGUUUGAAAAACUUCUUAACAAACAGCAAGUUCUUCUUGAAAGUUGCAAACAAACCGACUUAGAGCCCACCUCACCACUAGUAAAAGGUACUCCUCUUCAGCCACCUUUGAAACAAUUGCUUGAGUUUGCAGAGGACACCAUAACUUUUGCAAGUCAAAUACAAGCACAAAUUGACACAUCCUUAAAUAUAAUAUCCUUCAAGGAACUAAACACAGAGCCACUGUUCGACAAUUUUAAAGUUACGACAGAUUGGCAAAGACGCAUUUCAGAGAUUUUAGCUUACACAUCAUUUUGUUCUGAAAACCAAAUUUAAACAUGGAUCUUCUCGAUUCUAUCUUGAAUUCCAUGCAAAAACCACCGAGUGCUAGCGAAGCACAAAAGAAUGCUAUGAAGAAGCAGAAAGAAGCUAUGGAACGUAAACAAAAAGAAGAGAAGAAUAUGAUAAACAGGUUUAGAAAACGGGUUGAAGAGAAAAUUAGUAAUUUCAUUAAAGAUGGUACAAAACCGUUUCUGCAGUUCGAACCUAUGGACCAAAUGUACCGAUCUAUUAUUAGGGACAUAGCAGAAACUGCCGGUGUACAGGUAUUUUCCUUUGGACAAGAGGGCAUUGAUCGGUAUUCCGUAGUAUACACCAAAGAAAAGGGUCCGUCUGAGGAUGAAUUAACAGUGCGAAGAGCUGGAGGCAUAUGGGAUGAUGAGAAAGCUGCAGAAAUGGCACAAAGACAUAUAGAAAUGCAGAAACAAGCUGCAUUAGAGUACGAAGAAGAAAAGACGAGAAAGCGUAAACGUGGUAAAGAAGAAUUGAGUGGGACCUUUUAUAAACAGAAAUAUGCUCAUCUUAUAGGAGAAGAGGCGGCUAUCGACGCAGCGCAAAAGACCAAUGUAAAUAAGAGUUACGGUGAAGUGCCCAGUGAAAACAAAAAGGACCAGAGGUCUAUAGAACAAACUAUGGCGGAUAUACGAGCUAAGAAACUUAAGAAGGCUGAGACUGAAGUGGUAAAUUCGAACUGCGAUACUCAAACCUAGUGUUUGCUACUUUUAGGUUUAUAUAAAAUGUUUAGUUCAAAAAGUAUUUUAUGAUACUAUGUCAUUAAAAUGACUGAAUUUAUUACGGUUCGCAAGCAAUAUGUUUUUAGGCAUUGUCUAUAUCAAAUGCUAGGUAAUCAUUUUCAAAUCCAUUUGUGAAUUAUAUCACUUAUAAUAUUUAUCUGAAAUAAACGUAAUGUAUAAGACAUUAAAUAUAAGCUCAGUUCUUGUUGAUAGAUAUCCGCAGGAAUUAAAACGUCACAGUCGUAGAAUACUGACGGAACUUUAUAUGUAAUAUUCGUCAGAUCCGUCAGUAUUCUACGACUAUGACGAAAUGAGUAUUCUUAAACAUGAGAAAUUUCUAAUUAUUUGCGCAAUAUGGUAUUUGUAUACAGCAUUUUAAUGAGUGAGAGAAAAAAGUUGCAAUAUUGCCAAUUUUUUAAAUUGUAAAUAAUGGAACGAUAGAAUAACAAUUUUUUUUUUUUUUUAUAAAAUCAAAUGAUAGUGUCUAUUUAUCUAUCUAUCUGAUUCGAUAGAAAUUUUAAAAUAUUGCAUCACUGAAAAGUUGUGUUAUAAAUUAACACUCAAAAAUAAAUUAUGAUAUUUUCUGCGAGAAAAAAUUGAACACCUACCUCUCAAUGGCAACUUUUACAAAUUUCAUUUAAAUCAGAUUAUUCAGGUGUUCAGUUAAGUCAGUUAAACCCCGGUCGGUUAAUUGAAACUUGAUUAGUUCUAUAAAUGGAAAUAAUUAAAUAUUGUGACAAAGUAAAUCGAU